GUUCUCACCUUCGACGAUUUCCUCGGCCGCUUCCCCAUCUUUCCCUUGCAGGUCUCCACUGUGCGCCUCGCGCUCGGUGUCGAGCGCCCCUGGCGGCACACUGCCGAGGAGAUCGCCCGGGCGCUGCGCGCAAAGUUCCCCGGGGUGGACGUGGCGCAGCUGGAGCUCUCGCUCCACUCUGGCGGCUCCAGGAACUCGGGGCGUCGACGUGAGCGACGCUCCCUUCGUCGACCUGGUCUCCUGCCUGGCUGCUCUCGGCGUGCGGACGGACGUCACCACGAUAGCCUGCAGGGACAACCAGUUCGAGUUCUUCCGCGUUGCGCUGGAGCAGGCCGGCGCUGGCGUGCACGGCAUGGACGAGCUGCGCCCGGUGCGGCCCUUCUCCCACCCGAGGUACGAGCCGCCGGCAGCGCCGCCUGCGCCGCAGCCGCCCUGCGCCGGCAGCGGCGCAGGGUAG